AGUCACUCGUACUUGCCAGAUCUGAAGGCUUCUGGCCAAUGUAUGGAGAGCAACGUUUUGAUAGUGAACUAAGACCGUGUGCUGUUAAGGCCGAGUACCUACCCAGCUAUAUGAACAGCAUAUUACUGUUUUUCUACUUCCUCCAAUGAAACAGCGCUGCUAGCGGCAGGCAAACUGGCGCGGAAUUGGUGGGACCCAUCCGACAUGAGCGCGGCAGCAAGGGCCUUCUCGGCCCAGCAGGAACAACGCCGCAGGCGCUUGGUCACCAGCCAGCUGCUAGCGGAGCAGCGCGAGAAUGAGAAUUCCGACCAACGGAAGAAGGGGGAAAGCCGCGAGCCGGAAGCCUCCAGCAGCCGCCCUGCCGGUCCCCCUCCAUCCUCCUCCUCCGCCCCUCUUCCUCCCAGCCGCUCCCAGCAGCUGACUCUGGCCAGCCUGCACCGGCUGCACCCCACCGCCACGUUCCUCGCCACGCGGGGGCGCGGACGCGGCAGGGGAGGUGCGGGCGGACCUGCCAGGAGGUGGAGCAAGUACCUGCCGGGGCAGGUGGGGCCGCAGCAGCAACCCGGCCAGGAGAGCGGAGCGGCAGCCGAUCCAGGCUUACCGUACAGGUCAAUUAACGACGACAACGACGCUGCUAACGACAGCACCGACAUAGAACAAGGCCGGCAGCAGUCCACGCUUCCCCAGCAACAGCGCAACCAGCAACAGCAGCAGCAGCCUGAUCCCGCAGUUGCCGAGGCAAUCAGCAGGAAACUCCGUCGGCAAAAGUCCUCAAUCGCCCUGGGCAAGACCAUUGCAUUCCUGCGCGACUUCCCAGGCAUACUUACCGAGCAAGAGCUGCAGCAGUGCCGCGAGCAGGACGCCUAUGUGUUCAUGCAAACCCGGCAAAUACUUGGGGUCGAAAUGGCAAGUUACUAUGAGGACGGGGUUCAGAACUUUGCAGUGCCGGCCGAGCGCUGUCGGGAGCUAGAGCGACACAUGGCGGGUCAGGCAGCCCUGGAGAAGGAGGAGCUGGCCCGGAAGCUACGGAACCGCGGCUGGCAGGGCCUGUUAGAGGCGGAAGCGCACUUCAUGCAGCGGGGCGUGCUGGAGUUGCUUAAGGAGGUUCGGGAGGUCCGGCCGAGGCUGGCGCAGCUGGUUACACAGGCGGCGCGGGAUGCGGCGAAGGGGCCAGCGGAGAGGGGUCGGCACACAGCUGAGGUCUUGUUGUGGGCUCGGCUGAUUGAUUUUGCGGAGACCUUCCCGGGGUACGAGGCGAGCGCAGGGAGGCAAGGAGGGUUCAGGAGCAUGGCGCUGGAGGUGUUGCAGUACGCCGUACUUGGCCUCCUGAUGCUGCCGUACAAGGACCCCCCCGAGGAGCAGUUGGACCCCUUUGCAUGCGCGCUGGUGGCCUGCGUGUGGCAGUACAUGGAGGCGGAGUACGAGGUGAUUACGGCGCAGCUAAGGGCCAGCCGAGGCACCAGCGAGGCCCCUCAGUCCCGACGUACCCAAGAGUGGCUUCGCGCGCUGCUCACCCCCACCGGCCUCUUCCGCCUCCUCCGCUACCCCUCGCCCGUCACCGUGCUCGACGCCCCUUGGGCUGCCGGCGACGACCCGAACGCGGGUAUGGUGGCGGCGGCAAGGGCGGCGUAUUUGCGUUUCUCCGACAACCACCUCCUGGCCCUGUUCCGCACGCUGCUCCAGGAUCCGCUACGGGCGCUGGCGGUUGCGACGCUGGCGGAGGAGAUCGUACGGCAACGGCUUACGGGGAUUCCAGUUAGUUUGGACGCCGCGCUGGACGUGGUAGCUGUGGAGGUGGUGUUGGGCGGGAAGGUGGCAGGUGGUGGCGGCGGCGGCGGUAGUAGUGCCGCUACGGUUGGCAGCGCUUCCCGGGACUUGCAGCGACCACCGCCGCCGCCAGUUGAGGCGCUUCAGGGGCCACGACAGCAGCAGCAGCAGCCCCAGGAGCAGCGCCAGAAGCAACAGCAGCAGCAGCAGCCUCCGCAGAAGCCACGAUCGGCGCUUCUUGGCGGUUGGUGGGGAGGCGGAGGCAGCGGCAGCAGCGGCAACGCUGGACGGCAGGAGCAGCAGCCGCUGGGGCAGCAGCGGCAGGGGCAACCUGCGGGGGAUUGGCAGGAUGAACUGGAG